AUGAAUGUACCGAAAAAUUUACCAGACCAAGAUUUAAGAAUUAAAAUUGCUUGUCGAAUGGACAAACCGCUAAACAUGAAGCAUUGUGGCUACCUUCAUGUCAUAGGCAAAAAUGUUUGGCGAAAAUGGAAACGUCGCUAUAUGGUUCUAGUUCAAGUUAGCCAGUAUACAUUUGCACUCUGUUCUUAUAAAGAUAAAAAGUCCGAGCCAGCGGAGAUGAUGCAAUUAGAUGGUUUUACUGUCGACUACAUCGAACUCGCCAGUGCUCAGCUGAUUGUGGGACAAGAGCUCGAAGGUGCAAAGUAUUUUAUGAACGCAGUAAGAGAUGGUGAAUCCGUUUUGAUGGGGGUAACAGAUGAGAACGAAUGUCAUUUAUGGGUGAUGGCACUGUAUAGAGCAACUGGACAAAGUCACAAGCCCACACCACCCACCACGUCCGAUACACAUCAUAAAAUUAUGGGAGAUGCAGAUAAAGCACGCAAGCACGGUAUGGAGGAUUACAUACAAGCAGAUCCAUGUCAGUUUGAUCACCAUCUUUUAUUCUGUACAUUACAAUCACUGACUUUAAAAUACCGUCUUCAAGAUCCCUAUUGCUCAUUGGGUUGGUUCUCCCCUGGUCAAGUAUUCGUUCUAGAUGAAUACUGUGCAAGAUAUGGCGUGCGAGGUUGCUACCGUCAUCUAUGUUAUCUGUCAGACCUACUCGAUGUAGCCGAAAGUGGAUCACAAACAGUUGAUCCAACUCUAAUGCAUUACUCUUUUGCGUUUUGUGCGAGUCAUGUGCAUGGAAACAGUACAGCGACGUUGCCUGGCAGGCCAGACGGUGUGGGCAGUAUCACGGUACAAGAAAAGGAGAAGUUCGCUGAGAUAAAGGAGCGCCUGAAAUCACUGCUGCAGCAUCAGAUCACUAACUUUAGAUACGCGUUCCCAUUUGGAAGACCGGAGGGAGCUUUGAAGGCCACUUUAUCGCUCUUGGAACGCGUGCUAAUGAAAGAUGUCGUAACACCAGUUGCACCUGAAGAAGUUCGAGCGAUGAUACAGACGAGCUUAGAAAAUGCGGCACUAUUGAACUAUACACAGCUCAGCCAGAAAGCAAAUAUUGAAGAGGAUCUAAGAGGUGAAACGAUGGUAACGCCGGCAAAAAAGCUGGAAGAUCUGAUUCAUCUUGCAGAGCUGUGCGUAGACCUUCUGCAACAAAAUGAAGAACACUAUGCAGAGGCUUUCGCGUGGUUCUCAGAACUGCUAGUAGAGCAUGCCGAGAUCUUCUGGGCUCUUUUCGGUGUCGAUAUGGAUCGAGUACUAGCAGAACAGCCACCGGACACAUGGGAUUCUUUCCCGUUGUUCCAGAUUUUAAACGAUUAUCUAAGGACUGACGAAAACUUAAAGGGAGGUAGAUUCCAUGAACACCUGCGGGAUACUUUUGCGCCAUUAGUUGUGCGUUAUGUCGACCUUAUGGAAUCUUCUAUUGCUCAAUCUUUACACAAAGGGUUUGAAAAGGAGCGAUGGGAAAUUAAAGGAAAUGGUUGUGCUACAAGUGAGGAAUUAUUUUGGAAAUUAGAUGCGCUACAAUGCUUCAUAAGAGAUCUCCAUUGGCCAGAACCAGAAUUCAGGUCUCAUUUAGAGCAGCGACUGAAGCUGAUGGCCAGCGAUAUGAUGGAAACCUGUAUCCAAAGAACUGAAGCAUCUUUCCAGUCGUGGUUAAAGAAAAGCGUCACUUUCAUGUCAACGGAUUACAUACUGCCCGCAGAGACAUGCGCGAUGGUGAACGUUGCUUUGGAUGCGAAGAACCAGGCACUGAAGCUUUGCGCCGUUGAAGGGUAUCAAUAUCACACCAAAAUGGACGCUCAAAUCGAAGCAUGUCUACAAGCAAUGGCGACUGGAAUGACUACAAGGUUGUCAGCCGUUCUCGAAGCCACAUUAGCAAAGAUUGCCCGGUUCGAUGAAGGAAGUUUAAUAGGUUCGAUCUUGACCAUAGCAAACGUAUCGGGUUCCGGCAAAGACAUCGGUCAAGGUUACGUUAAUUUUAUGAGGAAUUCUAUGGACCAAAUUAGAUCAAAGGUGACAGAUGAGCUUUGGAUUCUGCAGCUGUUCGAGCACUGGUAUGGCAUUCAGGUUGGACUCAUCAAUACCUGGCUGGGCGAGCGCCCCGCGCUGCACCCACAACAGGUUGCCUGCCUGUCAAUAAUAUUGAAGAAAAUGUACAGCGAUUUUGAGCUACAGGGUGUUAUAGAUGACAAGUUAAACUCUAAAGUCUACCAAAAUGUGGCAGCUAGAAUGCAUACCGAAGAAGCCACGUGCAGUCUUUUGCUGGCUCAACAAGAUGCAGGUGGUGGUGAUGACGGCGGAUCCGAGGAAGGUUCGAGGAGCGGCAAAUCGAAAUUGGAGGCGCUCACGGAGGAAGCCAAACUCGGCAAUGUCACUGCGGUUGUGGGGAAGGUGGGAAACAUUUUCGGUCGGGGUAUCGGCGAGCUGUCAACGAAACUCGGUGGAGCCUCAUCUUGGUUUUAG